AUGUCGUUUUUGUCCGUUUUAAAGGGGUUUAAACCCUUUCAUUUAGCUAAUGCUGGUUUAAAAUCUUGGACAGGAGCUGUUAAAUAUGAAACUUACACUUAUUACCCUAGGCCUGGAGAAGAAAAGGAUCCUCCAUAUGAGCCCACUAAACUUUUAAUGGUUCAAAGAAUAAGACCUUUCAGAGGUAAUCCAAAAAAUCACAAGAAGAUUUUGUACCGGAUAGGAUUGGAUGGAAAGUGUGGAGAAAUCGCUAUUGUAAAAAAUAUUCCAGAAAUUUGUAGCAUGCUAUACAAGAUUAAACAUAUUAUAAAAGUAACACCAAUCAGGACACCCAAUGGCCUUCCUGAAUCUGACGAUCUCGGUGCCGGUUAUCUGAAACCCAACGGAGAGUUUAUCGUUUCAAAGAGGCUCAAUCCUGAUCCAGAAAGACUGCGGCUAACAGAAGAAUUUCAAACUGACCCGGCCAGGCUUGAUGCUGAUACAUUAAUUAAAGAUACCAGAAUGAAAUGGAUUAAUCCAUGGAAUUAG